CACAGCUACCUCUCGGCAGCAGAGCCAGUCGCGGAUCCGCGGCUCUGGGACAGGUGACAUCGAGAGAGACGGCCCGAAAGACCGACAGGUGGACGGAGGCUGGGAAUUCCGCGGGGACGUGGCCCCGGGCAGCGACGGUAGGCGCAGGGGUUGCUUCGACUCGCCGAGGGUCCCCGUAACGCCCAGGAUCCCCUGCAUCGCGCCCUUCCGGCUUCAGAGUCGGGGGCGGGGUCGGUGCCGCGCGGCAGCCAACCUAGUGUCUUCAUGCAAAUAAAGGCGUGGUGAGGCCUUCGCACUUCUUCAGCACCCCCUUCCGGGGUCUGCGGCUAAGGGGUGGAGUCUGGGUUGCGCGGCCAGCCAACCGCACUCGUGUAUGCAAAUACAUGCAGGCCCCGCCUUCAGGCGCGGCCCACCCGGUUCUCUGGACGCCUGCAGACCUAGGUCCAGAAGCUUAGGCCACAACACUACUUGCAAUUCGCGCCCCGCCGCCGGGGGGCGCCAGAACGUAGCCGCCCCGCGCAUGCCCGCCCGGGAGUGCCUGCAGCCCCACUCGACCGGCCCCGAGCCCCGGACGCUGGUGUCCUGCGCUCGUGGGCCGCAGUGCCAGCCCAGACCUCGGGAACUCUGCACAAGGCCCCGGAAGAUCGUGUUUGCAGAUGAGCUAAGCCCCCGGACUCAGGUGCAAGCAAAGAAACUUCCCAAAGCUCUGGGAUUCUGCCCCAACCCAGUGCCUGACUAUGAGCUUAAGUACCCACCAGUGAGCAGCUCGAGGGACCGAAGUCGCUAUGCCGCAGUGUUCCAGGAUCAGUACGGAGAGUUCUCUGAGCUCCAGCGUGACGUGGGAGCCACGCAGGCUAAACUCCAACAGCUGGAGGCCCUACUAAUGUCACUGCCCCCACCACGAAGCCAGAAGGAGGCUCACAUGGCAGCUCGUGUCUGGAGAGAGUUUGAGAAGAAGAGAGCGGAUCCUGGAUUCCUGGAAAAGCAGGCUCGCUGUCACUACCUGAAGGGUAAACUGAAGCACCUCAAGGCCCAGAUUCGGAAAUUUGAUGACCAAGGGGACAGCCACAGUGAGGACUCUGUGUACUUCUGAGUGGUGGUGGCUCCUCCUCCCAUGGGGAACCAAGUGUUGUUGAGAAUCCCAGGGAAUAAAUAUGGAUUAGGCACCU